AUGUCUAGAAAUAUAGUUUUUGAGGGUUGGUUAACAAAAUCACCACCAUCAAGACGAAUUUUUAAAAUAAAAUGGCGGAGGAGAUGGUUUGCAUUACGACAAUCUGGUGAACUACCAGGGCAGUACUUCCUAGACUAUUACUCUGAUAGAAACAGACGGCGUUUAAAGGGCUCUAUAAAUCUUGAUCUUUGUGAGCAAGUUGAUGCUGGUUUGCACAUGACUCGUAACAGUACUGGAAUACUGGAUCCUCGAAUACGUGGCUCAGUUUUCUCAAUUCAAACUCAAUCAAGAACGUAUCAUUUGGAAGCAGAUUGUGAGGCAGAUAUGGAAAAGUGGGUUGAUGCAAUAUGUCGUGUUUGUGGCUUAAGGGCUACAAGCACACCUCCGGAACCAGUUGUUACAAUUAUAACUGCAAGUGAAGAAUUGCGCGAAAUCGUCGUUCCCGGCACUGGUACAUACCAAAACAGCACAAUGACGGUUAUGAAUGAUCAGUAUGAAUUUUCGGAGGGUACAGGACCUUAUAUACCGAUAUCUGAAUGCAUAACAGGAGUCCGUGCCGCGGAUUCCCAAAGUUCCUUCACCUUCGAUCCUAAUAAUAUAGUCAUUGGUGCUAAGUCAACCUUCGAGGGGCCUGAAAAAGGUCUUCAGUAUUUAAGUCAUCCACACAUUCGUAUAAAUAAUGUUGACUUAUCUGAAAAUGAAUCUAAUAUAAGCGACGAGGAAUGUAAAUCGCUCAAUGCUAGUCAUUCUAAUAUAGCGAGAUACGGUAAUAUACCGGAUACCUGGCUACUUGCUAGAUCUUACGUAAGACCGGGGCUCGAUGAUGAGAAUAGACCUAACUUGAGAGCAUCCGGGAGUGGCAUCAGGGACAGACUUCAAUUGAGGUUUUCGAGUUUCAACAAAGGAGAAAGGGCGAAGCCCAAUAGCAGCCCUAGAGGAAUAGGCGAGUCUGAAGAAGGCCCGCCGGUGCCGCCGCGGCCGCCGAAGAGCUUCGGCUUCAUUAGGGAGCAUAGAGAAUCGUUCCAGGGACCUAAAAUACAGGAGCCUGAAGGCGAUAGAUCUCCCCCAUUCCCCUGGCUUCGUUCGUCCCGAAGAAUGUCUCAAGAGCAGCAGGUCGUUAAUCGGCCAAGGGUCGAUGAUAACGCGUGUUGCCUCACCCAUGUAAGACACAAUUCUUUACAGCAAUACUGCAAUUUGUCGUCUCUGCCGCCGAUAGUUGACAGGGCAUUGAAGCCACGAAUUGGUAGUACGGGCAUCUGUCACAUGAAUCAUGUUGCCGCUCAGACACUAUUGACGAUGCCUCCCGAAACUUCGACUAGGCGUGCCAAAGCGUCGGAUACGUUGCAGUACCUUGACUUGGAUCUUACACCCAAAAGUAAUUCCAAGGAACAGGAUGAAAACGCACGCGUCAAGAAUGCAAAAUCAUUUUCUGCGGAAUCUCGUACCGAUUAUAAAACGGUUGACUUCGUGAAAACUGAAGCCUUUAACAUUACACGACGCGAUGCUGAGGCUUCUCGGAGUGUGCAACAAUGA